AACUGUUCGAUCAACCCACACGCAUUUUUCUAAAGCCGGCAGACGUAUAAGCAACGAACCGCAUUCUUACUACCACUUCGCAGUUGGAACGGUUAAAGAUCCCUCAGUUCGAGUCCAGUUUCGUUCAAGAUGGGUUUCAUGACGAGAGUUGUAUUCGUGGUGAUAUCCCUAACUGUUGCCGUGGUAUUGAAGCAAUACCGUGGACUGAGUGCCCCACUGCCUGUUCCUGAACUCAACCUCAAACAAUAUUGGGGCCCGGGCGAUGUGAAACAGUACAAAGAGGAUACCAGCAUUAAACCGUUUAAGGUGUCGUACGAUGCACCCGUGAUCGAGAAGCUUCGCACAAAAUUGACCGAUGGUCCCACGUUUACGCCACCGCUGGAAGGAGUCGCGUUCGAGUAUGGAUUCAACACCAACCGACUGAAGGAUAUUAUCAAGUACUGGCGCACGACGUACCUGGACAAAUGGAGCGAGCGGGAGAAAUUUUUCAACAAAUUUCCGCACUUCCAUACACAAAUUCAAGGGCUCAACAUUCACUUCAUCCACGUAAAACCGAAAGUACCAGCCGGUACUAAGGUGCUACCAUUGCUCCUGCUUCAUGGUUGGCCCGGCUCAGUUCGCGAGUUCUACGACAUUAUUCCGAUGCUGACGACCAAGUCUAACGACAAGGACUUUGUGUUCGAAGUGAUUGUACCGAGUCUGCCCGGAUACGGCUGGUCACAGGCAAGCGCCAAAAAGGGUCUCAGUCCCUCCGAGGUGGCAAUCGUGAUGAAAAAUCUUAUGAGCCGUGUUGGGUUCGAAAAGUUCUACAUCCAGGGUGGUGAUUGGGGAUCUUUGAUCGGAAAUUAUAUUGCCACCUUCUUCCAGAGUAAUGUGCUCGGUGUACAUCUUAACAUGUGCUCCAUCAAUACCCCGAUGUCCUAUCCCAAAAUGUUCCUGGCUUCUCUGCGUCCAUCUCUGUUUGUUGAUGAACAGCACACGGAUUAUUACUUCCCACUCGGCAGUAAAUUUGCCAACAUUAUUGAAGAGACCGGUUACAUGCACAUUCAGGCAACGAAACCAGACACCAUUGGCACGGCACUGCAGGGCAACCCGGUCGGUCUUGCCGCUUAUAUUAUUGAGAAAUUCUCCACCUGGACCAAUCCAGCCUACCGCAAUCUGGCAGACGGUGGGCUAGAAAAAUAUUUCACUUUGGAUGCGUUGUUGGACAACGUGAUGAUCUAUUAUCUGACCAACAGCAUCACCACAUCGCAGCGUAUUUAUGCGGAAGCAUUUGCAUCCGACGAGCUGAAGAAGGAAAUUGAUCGCAUACAGACGGAUGUUCCGGCUGCAUGUGCAAAGUUCCGGUACGAGCUCAUGCAACAAAUCGAUUGGAUAUUGAAGGAUCACUUUACCAAUCUGGUACAAAGCAAUCAUUUCGAUGAUGGUGGCCACUUUGCGGCUAUGCAACUGCCGGAGGUGUUGUACAAAGAUUUCGUUACGUUUAUUGCCAAGAUUCAGAAAUGAGUAAAAAUGAGCCGAAAUGUACAUACAAUAAACUUGCUUUAGACGGGGAUAA